CAAGGCGUUCCAAUCCCAGGCUUGGAGAAGCAACUCCGAAUCUUCUUCUUAGGUCUCUUUGCUCUACAUUCUUAGUCUCUCCUUUUUCAAUCCAAGUUCGACUGAUAACUUUGGCUUCAAAUCCAAGAAGCGAAGAGGAGAAAUGGUUGGAGCCUCCCACAGCGCCGGCGGUAUCGCCGCCAGAUCUGAUAGAACUGCAACGAUUAAGUUUCUAUGCAGUUAUGGCGGCAAGAUCCUUCCUCGUUAUCCGGAUGGCAAACUUCGUUAUCUUGGCGGUGAAACUCGUGUUCUCGCUGUUGAUCGUUCCAUUACUUUCUCUGAACUGUUGUUGAAGCUGGGACAGUUGUGUGGAACAUGUGUGAGUCUUCGUUGUCAAUUGCCUUCAGAGGAUCUGGAUGCUUUGGUAUCGAUAACCUCCGAUGAGGACCUAGCGAAUCUCAUUGAGGAAUACGAUCGAGCAGCAUCGCCGCCGUGUUCUUUGAAGAUCAGAGCGUUCCUUUCACUGCCUAAAUCUGUGAAAAAAAGUCCUCUCUCUUGUUCUUCGGCCUCUUCAUCAUCGUCGUCGUCCUCAAAAUCUUCGUCUCCGACAACUGCUGCGUCCUCUCCAAGGAUCCCGACGCCGGUUCCUGAUCAUUGCUUCCACCAGAUCCCGACGCCAGUGAGGUUUUCGUACCGUCUCAAGAACUCUCCGUCCAAGGGUUAAAGAGAUGAUCACACUGGAUCAAACUAAAAGUUGAAGGCGAAAAGGGACUGCGGCUGCGCUUCAGCAACUGGCUGGCACAUGUGAAGAAAAUCUGGUAUUGUUCGGAACCAGAGGUCAGUCAGUGAUGGCGUUUGCUCUGUUUACUGUAUGAAGAGUUUCUUUCACAAUCACAGGUACACCUUUCUUCUUUCCCAUUCAUUAUAAAUGAAGUAAGACAAGAGCAUGGUCUGGAAAGUUGGGGGAAAAUAACACCAAAAUUUUAAGACCUCAAAUAGGGAGUAAUAUAAUGAUAGUAGUAGGAGCAAGUUGCAAGCUCCUAUGGCGUGGCGAUUA